AGCAAAACCAGCUGGUCUGGUCUACUCUCCCUCAUAUUCCCUCAUCACUCAUUUUUUUCUUCCCAAGAUCUCAUUUUUUUCCCUUCUUUCUUGUAAACAAGGAGGGGUUAGGAGAAUCCGUUCUUUUUGUUUGUUUUGUGGAUGAAGGAAGCAAAGAAAGAAAGAAAGUGAGAGAUAUAGAUAGAGGGCCUCCUGUUGAAUAAAGAGAAGCUCUUUGAGAUCUGCCAUUUUGUUCACUCAGGAUUGAAUUAAGGAAUGAUAAGAAGAUGGGAAGGAAGGGAAAUUGGUUUUCUUCUGUAAAGAAAGCUCUCAGCCCAGAGUCCAAGGAGAAGACAGGCCAGAAAUCAAAUAAAUCAAAGAAGAAAUGGUUUGGAAAGCAAAAACACUUGGGUUUAGAAUCUACCUCUUCAGAAACUGUCACAGUCCCCCCUCUUCCUCAGCAAGAAGAGGUGAACUUAAACAAUGUGGAGAAUGAACAGAGCGAACAUGCUUACUCUGUUGCGGUAGCCACUGCUGUGGCUGCUGAGGCUGCUGGGGCCGCUGUUGCUGCUGCUCCUGUUGCUGCUGCUCAUGCAGCUGCCGAGGUUGUUCAACUCCCUACAGUUACUCGGUUUGCUGGCAAAUCGAAGGAGGAAGUGGCAGCAAUCAAGAUUCAAACAGCAUUUCGAGGAUACCUGGCAAGAAGGGCAUUGCGGGCAUUAAGGGGGCUAGUCAGGCUAAAAUCAUUGAUGGAAGGACCUGUUGUGAAACGCCAAGCUGCAAAAACCCUCAGAUGUAUGCAAACUCUAGCUCGUGUGCAAUGUCAGAUCCGUUCCAGGAGGGUCAAGAUGUCAGAGGAGAAUCAGGCUCUCCAGAGACAACUCCUACAGAAACAAGCAAAAGAGCUAGAGUGCUUGCGGAUUGGAGAGGAAUGGGAUGACAGCAUACAGUCAAAGGAACAAAUUGAAGCAGGUCUACUUAGCAAGCAUGAGGCAACUAUAAGGAGAGAAAGAGCACUGGCUUAUGCUUUCUCUCAUCAGCAAACCUUGAAGAAUUCUUCAAAAUCUGUAAACCCAAUGUUUAUGGAUCCAAGCAAUCCCUCCUGGGGUUGGAGCUGGUUGGAACGAUGGAUGGCAGCCCGCCCAUGGGAAAAUCGUGGUUUGAUGGAGAAGGAAUUGAACAAUGACCACUCAUCUGUAAAGAGCGCAAGCCACAGCCUUAUUGGUGGAGAAAUCAGUAAGUCUUAUGCUCGCUACCAGCUCAAUGCUGAGAAUAAUUCCCCAACAGCCAGACAAAACCCAGGCCAUCCUAGCUUCCAGUCCCCUUCAACUCCUUCUAAGUCAGCUUCUUCAAAAGUAGCUAAAAAAGUGAAGGCAGCUAGCCCAAUGGGUGGCUGGGCCCCGGAAGAUGACUCGAAAAGCAUAGUCAGUUUGCAGUCAGAGCAGCAGUUCCGAAGGCAUAGUAUUGCUGGGUCAUCAGUGAGAGAUGAUGAGAGCCUGGCAAGCUCUCCAUCAGUUCCAAGUUAUAUGGUGCCCACUAAGUCUGCAAGAGCUAAGUCCAGGGGGCAAAGUCCAUUGGGGGUGGAGAAGAACGGGACGCCAGAAAAGGGGUCUUCAGGGCCUACAAAGAAACGGCUAUCAUUCCCACCCUCACCAGCCAAGCCAAGGCGGCAUUCAGGUCCACCAAAGGUGGACAUCAGUCUUAAAUCAGAAAACAACACAAGCAAUGGGGUGGCUGGUUGAUCAUUUCUAGUCCAUGAGGAAUCAAGGGAAAGAAAUCAAAAUGGAUUUGGACAGUUUCUGGAGGAAAGGAAAAAUAAAGGGUCUAUUUGAUUUGUGAAUUCACUAUGUUCUUAAAAGCUUUAAUUCAUUAUUGCUUUGUAGGUGCUCCAAUGGGGUUGAUAUUCAUCUCCAUUGGCAGUCAUGCAUUUUAUUCAUUCCUAAAUUUUUUAUUUUUUUAGAUUUAUUUUAUUGGAUUCUCUAUGUAGUGAUGAUAACAAAACCUAUCUGAACCCAACUCUGCCUCUUGAAUAUUAUCUUCAUGAAAAACGGUUGAUGGUCUGUUAAAUUUAUUGAUUCCACGAAUUGAUGUAAUGGAUAUUCAAUUUCUUAUUUGCUCAAUUGUUGGUGCUUA